CUUCUUGUUUUCCGUCUGUCGGUCGGUCAUAUGUUCGCGUUCAGUUUCGUGCAAACCAGAUUUUAAAGCUUGCUUAAUUCUCAGAGGCGUCCGCAUCUGCAAUUUCCAAGGAUCAUUUCCAGGAGGUGGAAAUACGGCUCCAAAUCAAACCGAUUAACUAAUCAGCAUGCAAGAUCCCUGCAAUCGACACAUCACCCUUGACGAGUCUUGAAAUCGACCUUCGAGAAACCGAGAUUCCCCACAAUGGCAGGUCGAGUGGACGCUGUGCCCGUUUACGACUACGCGUACGCCGAAGGUCAACGAGCGGCCGGAGGUGGCAACGGCCCCCGAAGACUGCUCGUGGUUCAGGGCUCGCAGGUUUUCGAGUGGCCCAAUUUGAGCGGCCCGAAUCCGGUCACGCACCGAGCAGGCGAGAUUCGCAUGGACAUGCAGAACAUGCGUCCGGUGCGGACAACCCAGAGGCCUCAGCAAGAGCGCUGGCCCGUCUCGCGCUGCAUCAACCAAAGCGUCCCCGUAGAGGUUUACAAGAAUUUCAGUCGUGCGAAGAAGCGGCGGUUGAAGGAGAAGCGGCGAAUGGUCGAGGCGCUGCGCAACUCUGCAAAGAUGCGCAACCUCGAGGAGCGCCGGGACAAGCUGCUGGCGGCCGUCAAGAAGGGCAAACUGGAGCUGGAGUACCUGAGCAUCCAGUUGUACGGAAUGGAGGCCGGCGAGUAUCCGGCCACCUUCGGCCCGAUGGUGCGCCUCAAGAAGCAGAAACUCAGGGACAAGCUAGACAGACUGAAGCAGUUGUUCGAGCAGUUCAAAGAAGAGCUGGCCGAGUUUCGCAAAGAAAAGAACAUGUUCCGCAACGAUCACAAGCGCAAAAAGCAGCGCAAGUGAAGAACAAGUGGCGCCUGGAGCGCAAAACGACUGAUAUUUUUUUACUGAAGUUGAUUUUAAAUUUCAAUCAAUAAACACUUGAUGCACUGAAA